CGGAUAACCCUACCUCUGCAUUUUAUUUCCAGUUUCUCUGUAAAUUGGUCGAAGCUUGAGGGUUUCUUGGUGAUAACGUGACUCAAAUUUAGGUGAUUCGUUGGAUCACGGGCAUCUAGGUGGUUACUUUGUUUUUUGCCCGAUGCAGUGAAAAUUUAGCCACUGCAUGCUUCUGCGUUGGACCUGAUCUUGCAUGUUUCUUUCAGUCGCAUGUUAAUUUUGGUGUUCUGUUACUAGGCAGCGCAGUGCCUAGUGCUGCUGAGCUGCUUGAGCCUUACCAAACUGUAACUCCAUUAAUACCAAACUGCUUGUGCUUCUGGGCCGUUACAAACUUACAAUCAAGCAGGACAGUUCUAAGGGUUCUUAACAUUUAAGAUUUGUAACAUCCAUAUUUGUUGAGUGAAAUUUGAUGUCGAAGUAUUUGUCAUGCAUGUUUGUGCAUGAUAAUCCAUCAUUAAAGUAGAGUACUAGGUUAAGAAAUACUAAAGCAAUAAAACUUGAUUGAUUCAUGUUUGAUUGCAAUACACUUGGUCAUGCUAAUUAUGUAAAGUAAGUCCUCCCUAUCAAUGUGGAAAUUAGCCAAAUCACAUUCCUUAACAAACACCAAUCAAUCCAUACUAUGAUACUACCGUAACAUUUAAGUUACUUAUAGAUAUAUGUAUGCCUAUCCUCAUUUGGUUGCCUUCGUCACAGAAUACCCGUCACAAUAUUUUGCCAAAUAAUCCAUUUUCAUGUUAUAAAACAUUCGUACAACUUGGUGCUGCAAUAUUUUUUCCUCAAACAGCCAACGCCUCAAAUCAGUACACAACUUCCCCGAUUCUCCCCAUCGAAUCCUCUUAUAUUUUGCAGCAUGUUGAACAACUAAGGAGGCGUCAACACUCACUAUCAGAAUUGACCUUUGUAAGAGAUGAAGACGCAAAGCUUGAGACCACACGUGCAAAGCUGUCAAAUAUCCUCAAAAGGCAUGAAGAGCUGAAAGAGCGCCUCUCGCGGGAUUCUGAUAAGCUGAUUUUUGAGCGUCUACAGAAAGAAUUUGAGGCUGCACGGGUUGCACAAACUGAAGAGAUUUCAAUAGAUGAUGAUCAGUGGAAUGAUGGUUUGCUAGCAACCAUCCGUGAGAAGGUCCAUAUGGAGGCUGAUAGGAAGGCAAUGACCAACCAACAGAGUGUUCCAUCAGACCCUCAAUUUCAAUCAAGGACAACUUAUAGAAUUAAAAAUAAGGUCAUCUAUUGUUUGGAUGGUGCCAGAAUUGGCAUACAGUACGAGACAUUCUUUGCUGGGGAGCCUUGUGAAAUUUAUCAUUGUGUUCUGGAAAGCAAGUCAUUCCUUGAAAAGAUGACUGUCACUGAGCACACCUUACCUUUCUUUCUACCGAUACGAGAAGUAGAAAGCGAUCACCUGUCAUCUAAUGCCAUCAAAUUUAUUGAUCAUCUUGAAGAAAUAUUGCAGUCUUAUAUUGACAGGAGAGAACAGGUUCGUCUUAUCAAAGAGCUCUAUGGGAACCAAAUCGGAGAAUUGUUCCACAGUCUUCCUUAUAAUGUGAUAGAGUUUGUAUUGGAAGAUUUCGAAUGCAAGGUUACAGUGAGCAUCCGAUAUUCGGAUCUAAUUUUGACCCUGCCCAGUCAAGCAAGGGUCUUGGCUUGGCCCCUUCGCUCUUCUAAAAGAACAUCAGCAGCAGACCGUCGAACAAGUAGCGCAGUGACGGCUCAACCUGUACCGUCUCGCCUGUCCUAUGCCGAGGAUGCGCUGAAGAACUUGAGUUUGCCAGAAGCUUACGCGGAGCUUGUCCUCAACCUGCCCUGUACUCUGAAGCAGGUUUUCUACUCCCAGGAAAGUGAUUGAAUUGAAGCAUGCGCGUAGAAUCUGCCAACAGGACUGAAGCUUUUGGUACCAUGGAAAAGGUUGACCUUACUGAUGUGGAUACCGAAUAUUUGACAACUGAGUACUCCCUCCAAUCCUAAAUUCUUGUCGUGGUUUUAAUACAAAUUUGAACUUGACAACAAUUUAGGAUCGGAGAGUGUAGUAGUUUGAUUCUGUCUUAUGUGUCUCUGACUUCUAAUGCUGUCCUAGACUGAAAAUUCAGACUAUAUUGACUUAUGUUGACUAAUUCCAGUUUAGCUUAAAUGAACAGCUUACUGCUUUGUGGAUGGACA